CCUGGUCUUAGACAAACAGACGCUACGACUCACCUGUCAUGAGCUCAUGGCGAAGACUCGAGGAGCGAAGGAGGAAGAGGAAGCAGGGCAGAAGGCCGUUUCCUUCGUGAAACGGCCAACCUCACAACAGCUCUGGAAGAGGGGCUUUGAGAAGGUCAAAGCACUGCAAGGUGGCACAUAUCGCCGUGGACGAGCUCGGGCACAUACCCGUGGAGGCUCCUUCGACUCCAACGAACGGAUCCCGAGCAGGUUCGUGGCGGCCUGGGAGAAGGGCUUCCGCGGGAUUUUGGCUGCCGUCUGGAUGGACCUCCUACAGGACCGGCUGGCGGAGCGGCGGAACGACGCGGUGGAAGAGGCCAUCUCCAUUGACAAGCGGAACAGCUUGUUCUUCCUUCUGCUGAAUAUCUUGGACAACAACAGGCCUUUCGAGAAGAUUGUGAACCUUACAGCUCUUGACGAGGGCGAAGGACAGUCUGAAGAGCCUUUGUGGAAGAUCGUCAUGAGUGCGACUGGGAAAGUCGCUCAAGAUUCGAGGCAAGAUGACCUGGGAUCUUCAGCUCACAAUGUGGAGCUCCUGGCCCAAGCGCAGGAGCUGGGAAGUGUGGAGGUGUCACGAAUCAGCAGGAGAUUUUCCGAGCAACGCCGUGGGAACUUCCAUGCGUGGCACGAGUUUUGGACCUUCUACCGCCAAAUCGAUAAGGCCGUGCCAGAAGUGCCGCCCAGGUCCUGGCAGCUGCAGAUUGAGGCCCUGGCCCAGGCCAGCACAUCCGCACAGCCCUAUACCAGGGCCCCGACCACCCAAACAUGUGACUACGAUUCAGAGGACUCUAUGUCCAGCGGUGCUCCAAGUGAAGAGAAUAUCUUGCCACCUGUGACGUUGGAGCAUCGUCGGAAGGCGCUGCUGGAUGACUAUAACCCACUGGCAGAGAGGAUGUCACCGGUGCGGUGCUACGCCAGUUUCCAGGACCAUAAGAAGUGCCGAAAGGUUCUGAAGAAUGUCACCCUUCCCACCAAGUGCCCCUUGCUGCUACAGGGCUCUGGCAAGGAGUAUCGCAGCCCGCGACGACUGGGGCUCUCUUUAAGCCGCUUGCCAAAGGACCGCCCUCGGGAUCGCAGCAAAGAGCUUCACUUCGGUGCCAAGACAGCUCGAGGAGAUUUCCUCAGCAUGCGCUGCCGCAUGGAGCAUAAGCAGGCGGCCAUCGUCUCGGAACCCUUGCGUGCCAUCAAAGAGAUGGCCAGUCAACAGCCCUCAUCCAAGUGGCAGCCUGGGACGGAGACUUGGGUAAAGCUACGGAGCUGGCGAGAAGAACGAGGACAUGCCUUCGGUGGAGAGAAUGUGAUGCUCAGCUCGCCGGUGAGCUUUCUGAAGCCCUCGAUGCCUCCAGUGAAGCCUCGUCUGCAAACGGACUUUCAUCGACCCUGGUCGGCGCACCGAAGUCAAGGUGAGGAGAAGGACGGGACGCUUCCACCUUUGCAGCGAUAUGCCAAGGUCUGUAUGGAUUGUGGGCUUCAACCUCAACAAGCGGUGGUUGGCUUCUUGGGAAGGCAACUGCCCUUCUUGGACCUUCGGAGCCUCAGCUACUCGGACGAGGACUUGCUCAUGCUUUGCGCCGCCUAUCCAGAGUCAGGUAUCCUGGAGAGAUUGGAUUUGGGCGACAACUCCAAGAUCAGCGAUCGCUCCGUUUGCCCUUUACUUCAGUGUGCAGCCGCCAGGCAUGGAGACAUGUUACGCAGUUUGCGCUUGGACAGGUGCACACACAUCGGCCGCAAAUGCAUCCAACUCUUGACGCGGCUGAUCCACGGCCCGAUGCAGAAUCUGGAGCGCCUCGACAUCUCCGGUGUCUAUGUGAGCGUGUGCGAUUAUCAGAAGCUGGCCAAUGCGAUUGAGAGACAUGAGCACUUGCGAGAAGUGUCGCUGGCGCGGACCGGCAUCAGCCCCGACCUCUCCACCAAGGUCUUGCCGAACUUGGUCAGGAACUCGAGGGUUGUGAAGCUGGACCUGGGCUACAAUCACUUUGAUCCUGAAGCAUUCAGUGUGCUGGGCAAUAGCCUUUUCAAGGGCAGCCAGAUCGAACAUUUGGGCUUAGCGAAGACUGCCUCAGUCCUGGCCUACGUUCCGAUGUCCGGCUUUUUGGAACAGCUGCCUGCCGACAAAAGCCUCAAGUUCCUGGACCUAGCCGACAAUAUGUUGGACGAGAACGCUGCCAUGAUGCUGGAGUAUGGCUUGCAGACACAUCCUUCAAUAGAGUUGCUGGAUGUCUCCAACAAUCCUCUGGGACAAGGUGGCCUUGGGUCCAUGGCUCGCCUGCUGUCCUCGGACAAAUCUCCACACUUGGGGGAGAUCCGGAUGGAUGACGUUCAGGCGACAGAGGAUCGAGAUGCGGCCGUAGAGUUCUUCGAAGUGGACCCCUCUGGGCAGUACCGCUUGGAUUUGACACUGCCGGGGCCACGAACCUCCUUCCGGCUGCUGCUUUCACAGCUCUCCGACAUGGGCAGCCGGAGCCAAUACAUCAAGAGUGCCACGCUUACCACAUCGCCCAAGACUCCGCCAGCACCCUACAAUGUAGAUGCAGUUCGGAAACGCAAGAACAUUUGGACGGUGCCUACGGCGGGGGUUCUUGACUUCGUGUUGAACAUCAGUGACUUUCUCCUAAAGGAUGAGGGGGAGAACGAACGCCUCUACUCGGCUGUGGUGGAGCGGAUGUUUCUGAAGAGGAAGCGGAGGUUACUUUCCAGGAAGAGGGCCCUGGUGGUCUUGCAGAAGGUCAGCAGCUUAAGGGGCCCCAUUUUCGAUGCUUUCAUCACUGCCCUCUUGCACUACUUCCAUCUCUCCAGGGACCAGGUUAUGGCCAUCUACAUGAACCAAGGCGACAAAGCCAAGGAGACCUUGCUCCGCAUGCUGCCCACGCUGAUGUCCCCCUACGCGCUGAUGCAUGCGGCACGGAACACGGACUCCAUCCAGGAGAUGCUGGACUUCGAGAAGGUGGCUGCAGAACACAUGGCUCUAAAUCUGGAGAACCCCACAGGGCACUAUGCUUUGCGUCUGGAGUCCCUGCCUGCACGCGUGGUGGCACAACAUUUGCUGCUGCUGAAUCGUUGGCAGCUCCAUUUGUGGAGGAAGGCCAAUCUCGUGGACGUCAGCAUGGAUGGCAAGGGGAAAUGCCUUCGCAACACACUCUUGGAUGGGAAGUUUUUGGGUUGGGCUGACAUCGACUGGCGCUUGCCGGCCUCUGGGCAACUGACCUUCGACUUCGUGGCACUUUAUAGGCCCCCGGCGGACGCUUCGCCCGUGGCGUCGGACGCGUGGGGUCAAGUGCUGGCUGCCCUCGCAGACCUUUUGGCACCCAAGAUCCGGGAAGGAAACCAGGAGGAUCCUUCAGUGAGGAGGCAGGUGGCCAAGGUGCAAUGGGCCAUGAGAGCUAUCAGCUCUCGGGUGUGGCUCCUGACCCGACAGCUCAGGAACUUGCUAUGCAUCUUCUUGAACAGACAAGACCGUGGAGAAGUCAUGUCCACCUUCUUUUUGCGCUGUGUGGAUUGGCCAAUCAACGGCAAAUGUUGUCAGCCCAAGUUCACUCGGCACCACUGGAAGGACCUGAGCCAAAGGCUGGGGUAUAUGAACCUUUUUCCCUAUGGACAACCCGAAAUGUCAUUCCACAUCAUUGAUUUGGAGCAGUGGGAACAGCGCCGUUGCUUUCACAACCUGGUGCGUUUGGCCAAUUGGGAGGAUAGUGUGAACAUCAAAAAUCCGAUGAUGGACAAAGAUGCCAACCCAAACGCACCGGCUUUCCAGCCCUUUGUGGCAGGCAUUCCAAAUUCCUGGGCCGAGCUGGAGAACAUCCCUACUCAGGGCCUUGUGCAAUGCACCUACACUUGCUCGGUGGACCGGCAGAAUUUGAAGGCACGGCGCCGCUUGGCUGCCUCGGUGGGUGGCUGGACCAACUUGCCGGACACGACCUUCGACUUCUGGUCUUGCUUGGAAGACGUCCCCGUCGAGGUGCUGAAGGUGGUAACGUUCAUGAUCCGAACCUGGAAAAGCACCGAUGCGGCCUUCUCCGCUCUCAACACGCAGCCGGACAACAUGCUGAACCACAAGGAGUUUGUGGAUGGCCUCACGAAAGCUGGAUGUUGCAAGCCUAAAAGGCGGAGAGUGCCUGCAUUUCUGCCGCAAUCCACUAGUACUACGAGCUCGGCACGCUUGAUGCCCAGCCCUCGGAGCGAGGAUGAGGAGGAUGCCACACAGCUCGAGACGCUCUCCAGUGUCUUCCGAUACUUGGAUACCUCUCAUGAUGGCGAUAUCUCACGAAAGGAGUUCGAAACACUGGAGAGAGUGUGGCGCGAGCUGCACCAGUCGAUUUACGAGCUGAAGCGGGACUUGGAGGUCUUCUACGGCUCUUUGCAGCAGGCCUUUGAGGCCAUUGACCUCGACGAGAGUGGCGCGAUCUCUUUCGAAGAGUUCAAGAAAUAUUAGCAUUGCUUGAACCUGGCGAUGCUUCAUCUUCGUCUUGGGAGCUCCGUUCGAGUUCUGACCCCGUGGCAUACCUUUGUGUAGACUGAUUAAUGUAGACUCUUGAUUAGUAAACCACCCAUAUGAAGAGUUUUACGACAAUAGAUCAGUGUGCUGCUGAUGGGCCUGUGUGUCCAAAGUGGCGUUCUUGGUGUCACGCCUCAACACGGGGCCUCGUCGAGACGUCAGAACGAGUGGGGUAGAAGAGGUUUUACAAGCCAAAUCGGAGGAGUUUGUGGUUACUUCUUUUUACUAGUAGUAAGGCCAGAGCUACUAGUAGCAUGGUUACUCCUAGUAGAAAUGCCC